UCCCGUGGGAUUCCCGAAAAAAUGUCAGCCUCUACUGCCUAUGCCCCCCCCCCCAGGCUCUCACCCCCCUGUGUGAGGACGACAGCCAGUCCAUGGAGAUCAUCCAGCGGCUCCAGAAGAACCUGGAGAUCCUGAUCCAGUCCAUGACGCGCGUGUCCAGCCGCUCAGAGAUGCUGGGCGCCAUCCACCAGGAGAACCGCAUCGGCAAAGCGGUGGAGGUGAUGAUUCAGCACGUGGAGAACCUGCGGAGAACCUACACCACGGAACACGCGGAGCUGCUGGAGCUAAGGGAGGCGCUCAUGCAGAACGAGCGCUCCUUCGGGUCCCAGACCGAGAAAGACGACUACCGGGGAAAGAAGCUGCCCUCCCCCUACUACAAGGCUCAGAGUCGGCGCCUCAGUCUCGGCCCCGUUUCCCGCUCUGGAGGCAGCACCGCGCCCUUUGACCUGGACGGGCCGGAGGCGGAAGCGGAGCGGCUGACCAGGCGUUCCCCCUGGACGGUGGCGGGGAGGAGCCCGGCGCGCCCCCCCCUCACGCGCUUUGUUAGUUCGGCCGCCUGGGUGGGAGGCGAGGAGCCCCCGGUCACCACGAAGGGGUAA